AUGAUGAUUGAUGAUGAUGAUGAUGAUGAUGAUGAUGAUGAUGAUGAUGAUGAUGAUGAUGAUGAUGAUGAUGAUGAUGAUGAUGAUGAUGAUGAUGAUGGUGAUGAUGAUGAUGAUGAUGAUGGUUCACUUCGUUCAAUAUUUUCCCAUGAACGUUACAAUUACUACUCACGGAUACGCAGCAUCUGA